UAGAAUGUACAUAUUCAGAACCUAGAAAGUGGAUGCGUGGCAAAGGGCGUGUAACAAUACAAUUUGGUUGUUGUUACAAUUAUGCAAUAGACAGAGAUGGCAAUCCUCCUGGCAUUCUAAGAAAAAAAGAGGCUGAUCCAUUACCAAAUUUGUUCAAGAAAAUGAUCAAGAGGAUGGUUAGGUGGCACAUACUGCCUCCAACAUGCAUCCCUAAUAGUUGCGUUGUCAACAUAUAUGAUGAAGGCGAUUGCAUUCCUCCUCAUAUUGAUCAUCAUGAUUUUGUGCGACCUUUUUCAACAGUUUCAUUCUUAUCUGAGUGUGACAUAUUAUUUGGUUCAAAUCUAAAAGUUGUUAGUCCUGGGGAGUUCCAAGGGCCUGUUCGUAUCUCUUUGCCCGUUGGAUCAGUGUUUAUUUUCAAUGGUAAUGGAGCUGACGUUGCUAAACAUUGUAUCCCAUCUGUCCCAACCAAAAGGAUUUCAAUCACAUUUAGAAGGAUGGAUGAUAGUAAACUACCAUCUAACUUCUCACCUGAUCCUGAGUUGGAGAGCAUCAAGCCUCUUGACCUUUCUUCUUCAAAUAAAACAGAGAUUGAGUAUUCAGAGAAUAAGAAACACAAGACAAAUAGUGUUUGAAUCUAAUGCAGCAAGGCAAAGGUUACAGUUGAACAGAUUGAGUUUACAAAUUUAUUGUUAAUUAUGUAGUUAUAUAAUUUUGAGUGUUUUGUAUAGUCGAUGAGUUUGCUCAGAUUUUGAGAGGUUGAUAUGCAAUAUUUAUUGCAAACGACAGUGUUUAUAUCAAUAAUGUGACCUCCAUCUUUGAAUUUUUU